AUGCAAGCUGUUGAUGACUCCGAUGAUAAUUAUAAUUAUAUAUUUCCAAAAGUUAUUAAGAAAAAGAGACUAUUAAAAGAGUGGAAUCAAGUAUCGUACGAUAUAUCAGCGCGGAAUAAUACCCAAUUCAG